GCACAAAACUGCAAAAGGAAUAAAAUUAUUAGAAGAAAAUGCAUCAGAUCCUUUCAAGCAUACAGCUUAAGAGAGAGUGAAAGUGAAGCUCCAAGGCAGCAGAUGAGACUAUGGCCAACGGAACUCAUGUCCUAGUCCUCCCAUUUCCAGGCCAAGGCCAUAUCAACCCAAUGCUUCAGUUCGCCUCACGCUUAGCUUCCAAAGGCCUUAAAACCACAUUGGUAACCACUGUUUUCAUCUCCAAAUCCAUUUAUUCCGACCACCCAAUCGCCUCUACCAGUUUCCGGACAAUAUCCGAUGGCUUCGACGAAGGUGGGUUUGCUCAGGCGAAGUCCCCUGAUAUUUACCUCUCCACUUUUAAAUCCGUUGGUUCACAAAGCUUGGCAAGCUUGAUAAAAGAACUAGGGGAUUCUGGUAGUCCUGUCCAUGCCAUCAUCUACGACGGAUUCAUGGCAUGGGCGCUGGAUGUUGCGAAGCAGUGGGGGAUACGAGCGGCGGUGUUUUUGACUCAGUCUUGUGCUGUUAAUAGCAUACAUUACCAUGUGAGUCGGGGAUUGCUGAAGGUGCCAGCGGAAGGAUCUAGUGUUUGGCUUUCAGGGUUGCCGGAGCUUAAAGUUUGGGAGCUGCCGUCGUUGAUUUAUCAUCAUGGAUCGUACCCUGCGUGGUUCGAUACCAUCGUCAACCAGUUCUCCAACAUUGAUGAAGCUGAUUGGGUUCUUGUUAACACUUUUUACGAACUGGAGAAAGAGGUUGUAGAUUGGAUGUCAAAAAUUUGGAAACUUGGGACAAUUGGACCAACCAUUCCAUCCAUGUAUUUGGACAAAAGGCUAAAACACAACAAAGAUUAUGGUCUACAACUCUUACAUCCAAACACUAGCGCAUGCAUGAGAUGGCUAAACACUAAACCAAAUGGCUCGGUGGUCUAUGUCUCAUUUGGGAGCUUGGCUGAGGUUGGAGUUGAACAAAUGGCUGAGAUAGCUUGGGGCUUAAUAGGAACCAAUGCCUACUUUUUAUGGGUUGUGAGAGAACCGGAAGAGCCCAAGCUACCCGAUAAUUUCAAGCACAUGACUCGAGAAAAGGGUUUGAUUGUUCGAUGGUGCCCUCAAUUGGAGGUCCUAAAACACGGGUCUAUAGGUUGUUUUGUGAGCCAUUGUGGCUAUAAUUCGGUGCUUGAGGCAUUGGGUUUAGGGGUUCCAAUUGUGGCAAUGCCGCAAUGGGCAGACCAAGCCACUAAUGCAAAGCAUGUUGAAGAUGUUUGGGGGGUUGGGGUUAGAGCUUUGGUUGAUGAGAAAGGCAUUGUGAGAAGAGAGACAAUAAAACAGUGCAUAAAUGAAGUAAUAAUGGGAGGCGAAAGGGGCAAUGAGAUUAAGAAGAAUUCAAUCAAGUGGAAGAAUUUGGCUAUAAAGGCAGCCGAUCAUGGUGGAAGUUCGGACAAGAACAUUGAUGAGUUUGUCGCUAAAAUUACAUCCUAGUUUGCUAUAAACUUCUUUAUGGAUUAAAUCGAGACUAGUCGAACAAUAAUUUGAGUUUUUUCAAUAUUCUUAACUAAGUUCAAUCCUGGCUGAACCUAAGCUCAAUAUACUCUCUGUCAAAUACUUCCGCUCAUUGUUUAUUAAUAAAGUGAUAAAUUGAUUUUUCAAUCA